AUGAGGAGCGUACAAGGUGAUGGUGGCGAUGAUCUUGAUGCUCCCGACUUCCUAGACACUCUCAGCGAGCACAUUGAGAAUGCUAGCCACAAGAACAUUUCUAUACGAAUGGCUGCGUUGAAGCAUCUUCAGGUGGCCUUUUGCUCACAGUAUAUACCGGACUUUGUGACAAAGUGGCGACUGACACUGAUUGAAAUUAUCACCAGAAAUCUGCGAAAAACUGAUGAGGAGAUUGUCGUCUCAGCGAUUCUUCUUGCUCUUAUUUCGUUGCAAAUAGGAGAAGAAAUGGGAGCUGAUAUCGAGGAAUGUUUGGGAACUCUGCGCGCACUUGUAACGGAUCCUGCUAAAUCAGAGCAGUUACGCUCGUUCUGUGCCCUUUCUAUUGCUGUAAGCACUCAUGUUGCUUCAGUCAGUGACGAAUCUGUAGCUGCAAGCAUAAAGGCCCUCAGGUCUGUCUGGGCUAACAUCAAGUUGACUGCACAUAGCACACGACUAUAUUCCUCUACAUUGGAAAGCUGGUGCUUAUUACUGCAGGACGCAGACGCAGCAACACUGAAUUCAGCCUUUGGUGAAUUUUCAAAACUCGCUUCGUAUCUUGAAGCUGAUCAGCUCGAUAUUCGAUUAGCCACCGGAGAAGCGCUCGCAUUUCUUUACGAAAUUGGCUCAGAAACCAGGCAUAAUUUCCGGCUUCCGAACCACCAGCAAAUAGUGGAGAUUCUCGAGUUCUUGUGCAGCGACAGUUCUAAAGCAAAAGCGAAGAAGGACAAGAGAGCACAACGAUUCACGCUGAGGCAGGUCUACUCCAGCAUAGUAGACAAAGAUACUCCAUCGUUGACUAUAAAGUUCAACAAGGAGGCGCUCUUAUUGGAUUCAUGCGCUUCGAAGUUACUUUAUGACAUCUGCUGUGAGCUUCUUCGUGGUGGAAUAGUGAGACAACUGCAAUAUAAUGAACUGUUACGCGAACUUUUUGACAUGGGACCAGUUCAAGAAGUGGACCAAUUAGAAAAGAUCAGCAAAUUGGCUAGAAUGGCGGCCCUUGACGCAGCGUCCAAACAAAGAAAUCAAAUGCGUGGAAAGCAGAGGGAUAAACGUAACGUUGUGUUUUAG